GAGAUUUCGAAUAAAUUUAGAUUAAUUUAUUCAUAUGUACACAAUAUGCACUGAGAGCAGAACCGCAAACUCAGAAUCUGUAGAUCUAAGUGAGAAACUCACAAAGAGUUAAGAAAUAAUAUUGAAGAAGGAAAAUUUAACGAAUGCGAUGGUACUUGAGGACGGUUUGGUUUAUAUUGGUGAGAUGGAAAAUGAUGAGCCACAAGGGUUUGGAAUUCUGAUCUAUCCAAAUGGAUCUGUUUUGGAAGGGUAAUAUAUUGAGGUUAAUAUUUAAGUAAUUGGAUUAAAGGAAAAGCAAAUGGGAUGUGUAAGCUAUAGUAUAGUCAGGAUGAAUAGUAAUUGCAUAAGUUAUUCUGUUUAGUUACUCUGGAAAUAUUCUUAAUAAUAGAUUUCAGGGAUAUGGUGAAUAUGUUAACCAUAACUCUUCAGUUUAUAAGGGAUAAUGGGAAAAUAACGAAAAGCACGGUUACGGAGAGGAAUAUUUCAAGAAUGGGUCCAUUUAUUGUGGGAAUUUCAAUAGAGGAAUGAGAGAAGGAGAGGGAGUAUACUUGUCAAGUAAUGGAUCGAAGUAUGACCUUUUUUAAUAAAAUUUAGAUAUGAAGGAUAAUUCAAAUAUAAUAAGAUGGAAGGAGACGGGAAAAUGUUUUGGGGAGACGGUAGUACAUACAAGGGUUAAUUCCAAAAUAAUGAUAUAAAUGGAUAUGGAGUGUACACUUACCCAGAUGGAAGUUAUUAUGAGGGAUAUGUAAUUGUCUAACUAAAAAUGUAGUUUAGGAAUGGGAAAAGAAAUGGUAUUGGCACAUUGAUCAGAUAUGAUGGAUACCAAGUCUAUGGAGAAUGGGAGGACGAUAAAUUUUAUAAAAAUUGA